AUUUGUGCAGAUUAGUAAAUAUUGGCCAAUUCUUAUAAGAUAAAGGGGCGAGAAAAAAAUCAAAUCAAGAAAAAAAUUCCUUUGAUGUCAUCAACAAAUUUACGUCAUCGUUUCAACGACUUUAAGCAAGAAAGCAAUAAUCUCAAAACAAAAACAACUUAAUUAAAAAACGAAAAAUUUUAAAAAAUAUCGCAACUCAUAAAACGGAAAUUCAACUCUUUCUUAGUCUUGGCAGUCUUCUUGGUUUUUUAUUUCUAUUAUUAAAAUAGAGAAGACAAAAAAAAGCAAAACUAAAUCAGUUCAUAAAAAUUUCGUGGUGGCCAAGUGUAAAUGGGAAAAUUUUCAUAAAGUUCUCAGUGAUAUUUGAAAACUUGAACGUUAAACUUGGUUGCGUUUUAAAAUUAUUCUAAAACAUUAUAAAUAAUUGUAAAUUAUUAAAAAACAGUGUAGUAAUAAAUUUAACACAAAUAAAUAAAUCGAAAUAUGUAUUUGCAUUGAAAGUUACAUACCGCAAUACGGGUCAAUUAAGUCAAUUGUAAAUGAUAGAAUAAAAGCAAAUUAACGAAAGAAAUUUUAAUUUGUGUAGAAAAAAAUGAAAUAAACCCCUCAAAGUCAGUGUUUUCUAUAAAAAAGUGUAAACGUGUGUGUGAAUUCAAUUGCCUUGGCACGAAAUUUAUAAAAGAAAAUUUAAAUUUUUAUAUCAAGUGUUAAAUUAUUUUCCAAAUAAAUAAAAAAUAUAAAAUUUUAUAUAUAUUAAAGCAUAAAAAAUUUUAAAUUUAAAUUCAACCUAAAUUCCACAAAAUAACCAUUUGAACUUUAGCACUUUUUCCUGUUUGUGGAGGUCUGUCUGUCUGUCUGUCUGUCUGUCUGUCUGUCUCGCUUUCCUUUUCGUUGCUGACACUCUCAACAUUUAUUAUUGUCCAUCAUUUUAAGCACAUCACUUAUUAUGAAACUAAUUGGAUUAUUACUAAAUUUGGCUGUCAUAACAGGUUUUGUCUAUGGCAAUCAUCACACAACUGAUACCGAUGCUGGGGGCGAUGUCGAUGGCCUAACGCUGAUACCCUCUGAACCAACAAUGGUACGUUAUACAAACGAAUCGUUGAUUAUGUUGUGUCGCAGUCCAACACCGGAAGUAAAACUACACUGGAAGUCGCCAAAAGGUCAAAUAAUCGAAGAGCAUAAAGGACGUAUACACAUUGAACCGAGUUCAAAACCAGAAGAAUUAAAAUUGGUUUUCAUGCACAUUUCAUUGGCCGAUAAGGGCAAUUGGAUCUGUGAAGAUACUACAGGUGGUAAAGCGGAAAAAAUCUUUGAACUCAUAGUUUUUCAAAAAAUUACCUUUACUGAAAAUACCACCAUUUUAACGGUGAAAGAAGGACAAAAUGCCACAAUACUAUGCGAAGUUAAGGGCGAACCACAACCAAAUAUAACAUGGCAUUUCAAUGGUCUACCAAUUGCGGUUGAUGUCAAUUCAACAAAAUUUCAAAUUUUAGGUGAUGGAUUACUCAUCAACACAGUUACACAAAACGAUACUGGCGAAUAUACGUGUCGUGCUUAUCAAGUCAAUCCCAUUGCAUCCGAUAUGCAAGAGCGUACGGUUCUGAUGAAAAUUGAACACAAACCCAUGUGGACUCAUCACGAUGAUAAAAAGGACUAUUAUGCCUACUUGAAUGGUACGACUGCAUUAAGAUGUGAAGCUGUAGCAGAGCCACCAGGCAAUUUUACUUGGUAUCGCAAUAAAAAGCAAAUACACAACGAUAAACAUUUUACAAUUGAAAACGAUAAUUACAUCUCCAUACUGCAGAUUAAGGCGGGCGACGAAAGUGUUUUCAGUUUCUACAAAUGUAAAGUCAAAAAUCAUUUGGGCAGCAUUGAACGUCAUUUCACAUUGAAGCGUGGCGUUAAACCACCCACACCACAUCCCAUACAAUUGAGGGGACUUAACUCACACACCUUCGAUAUAGAACUGGCCGUAACACGUCCCAAUAACAUUAAACCUCAGAUGGAGGUGAACGGUUAUCGUAUUGAGUAUAUGAGUGAAAUGGAAUUUAAAAAGGAUUCUGGAAAGUGGUUGAAUGCCAAACGUAAAGAUUUCAAUUAUGAAAGUGGAGCAACAUUUCUGCUUAACAAUUUGGAGGCAAACACAACCUAUUUGGUGCGAGCAGCAUCACGUAAUGUGGCUGGUUUAAGUGAUUGGACAAAAGUUGAAAAAUUCCGCACUCAAUUUAUACCACAAACAUCUGCAUCUUCAAAUGUUGCUGCCCUUACUCAUAUUUUAUGUUUUGCCUUAAUAGCCUUAAUUUUAAGUCAAGAUCUUACAUUUGGUCUUUUCAGCACUUUCAUUAACUUGCCACCGUUGGCAAGUACUUUGAAUGUGGAACACUUGUGAGUUCAUGAAAGUGUUGUGGCUUUUGGAAAUUUUUUGUAUCCCUCCUUUAAAAAGUAAAAGAAAACCAAAAUACAUAUUUUAGCUUCUGGUAUAUUGUAUAGUUUUGUUAUAAGUUUUAUUUCUGCUCUUUCUCUCCUCUCAUCACUACUUAAAAUAGAGUUUUAGUUACAAAUACUAUUAUUUUCAAAUUAUGCUUCUUUUUUCUUUGUUUUAUGUCUACGAAAGUGCUUAUACAUAGUCGAGAGUCCAAUUAAUAUUUCUACAAGUGCAUACAAUGUAAGUGGCCAGAAAGGAAACCAGCAUCUACCCGACCAACUGCAAUUAUUCUAUUUUAGUUAAUAAAAGUCAAAUAAAAAUGUAAUGGGAAAAUAAUGAAAAAGAAUAUAUUAAUGAUAGAAACAUAAGUUGCUUAUAUAAAUUUUAGAAUUUUGGUUAAAAAUCUUUUUAGUUCCUUUCUUGUUCCUUAUUAAAGUUCCAAGAGUUCAGUUCGGAUUAUGGAUAUUAAGUCAAAUUACAAAAUUGUAUAAUAUAGCUCUUUUACCUAGCCUCAUUAGUCAAUAAACUAGUCUAGAUAUAAGUAAUUAGUUGCCUUGAGGGGUAAUGAUGACAUAAAAUAAUUCAUUCGUGUUUCAAUUACAAUUACUUGUAAUGUGUAAUUAAGCAAUAACAAAUUACAAUUAUUUUGUUAUUGUCUUUAAAAGUUGUAUGUAAUUAAAGUUUUACAAUUAAUUGUAAUGUGUAACUAACCCAAUGACUUGUUAUCAAUCUUUUGACAGUUAACCAAUUACAAUGUCUGGUUGACAAUUACAAUAACAUUAAAUUGAAAUUUACCAAUUACAAUUACUUGUAAUUGUAAAUAAGGGUUUAUUUCAAUUACUAUUACAUGUAACUAUAAAGAAAAAAUACAAAGUAAGAGUAAUUAAACAAAGUGAAAGUAAUUGAAGAAUUACUGAACUAGUAUAGACUAAUCUAAUAGACUAAUCUAAAGUAAUUUAACAAUCACAAAUUACAAUUAUUUGUUACAGAAGUUUGGCAAUUAAAACUACUUUUAAUGUGUAAUUGGUCCAUUAGAAUUACACAACUCACCACCGCCCCUUUGUGCUUCUUACAUGCCGGUGUAAGAAUCCAUCAAAUAAGCCGAAGAGAACACACGGUGAAAAAUUUGGUAUGAACAAAGUUUUCUUUAAACAUAUAUAGACAAGAAAGGAAAAUUUAUGGUAUCACUUGUAUAUAAUACCUUUCAUCCAUCAUGUUUCAACCAAGCAUACGAGAAGUGAAACGACAUCAUCAGUUAAUAGUUUCGGCAGACUAUAGCACCUCUUUCCCAGGGAUUGUAAUAACACCAAGAUGGAGUCUUUCAUCAAAGUAACAUGCUCCCGAGGGGUAAAAUUAAAUACUAUUUGAACUUCUAUGCAUUGAACUUCAUAGCUAUAAUCGCAUUUUUAAUCCAGUAAUAGGGUCAAUUAUUGACCGAUUCUAAUAAAUUGGACCGAUCUUCAUAAAAUUUGGUAGGAUAAUAUUACUUGUAAGAAAUAUACUUAUUUCGAAUUUCAGCGCUAAAAUCGAUUUUGUUUUUGUAAUGGCCGUUAAAGUAUUUGUUUAGGACUAUAAAUGAAAGGUAGGAUCAACUAUGGCCCGAUCUUUAUAAAAGUAGAGAGAAUUUUGAUCAUAUAAGACUUAUAUACUUCCCACCUUUCUUGAUGGUGGGUAGGAAAAGUUAUGGUUUCUGGUAGCGCCACUAUGCUUAGAAAAAAUAAAUUGUAGCGAAUGUGUAUUUGAAAAGUUGUAAAUUUUUUAUAAUUUGUUUAAGAUUUAUUUUUUAUCGUUAAUCUUACUAUAACUUAUAUGUUAAAUUUAUUUUUAAAAAUUGCUGCUUUUAGAAAAGGUUUCCAAAUUCUUUAGUUUUUCCAUAUUCUUAACCCAAGUGUACUUUUUUCUUUGAAAUUAAUUACAAUAUGAAUUUUUAAUAAAAGUGCUUUAAAAUUAUUAUAAAAAAAUUAAAACAAAAUUAAAUAUAUAUAGAAAAUUAAAUAAAGUGUUAAAU